CCCGAGUUUUGUUAGGUUUGGUUGGUUUGGAUCUUUGGAUGGUUUCGAUUUGGGUUUGGGUUGGGUUUACAUUUACAUUACAUUUAGUCCUAUGCAAUAACCGUGUUAUUUGUAUCGUAACGUAACUUACACACGAUUAAGAAUCAACUAUAUUAUAAUUCCAUUUUAGUGAGGAAAGGUUUAAUCCCUUUACUUCGAUGGCUACCUUUAAGAAAACAAAUACAAAACUGUUUUCAAAACCUUCUCAAAAAUUGACUCCAGAUACUGAGUAUUGGAAGAAACUAGGGGUUCCUGUACUACUGAAAGAGUUUGGUGCCAUUGAUUAUGUUGAUUUCUCACCACUAGAACCAAACUACUUUGCUGUGACUUGUUCAGUUCGGGUCCAAGUGUACAGCGCCUUGACAAAACAGCCAGUAAAGAAUCUCAACAAGUUCCGAGAGACGGCUUAUGGAGGCAGUUUCCGAUCGGACGGACUUCUAUUGUGCGCUGGAGGACAAGAGUCUUUGGUGCGAUUGUUUGAUGUGGAGUCAAAAUCACUCCUGAGAGUGUUUCGAGGACAUUCAAGUGCCGUACACAGAUGUUUCUUCACCUCAGAUAAGACGCAUGUGGCCAGCUUCUCAGAUGACAAAACCGUAGCCCUCUGGGAUGUCCCGAGUGAAAAUAAACUACACACAUUCACUGGACAUGAUGACUAUGUGAGAGCCGGAGCCGUGUCGCCUGUCUCCCCCACCACUGUGCUGUCCGGCUGCUACGACCGCCAGGUUAGGAUGUUCGAUGCUCGCACCAGCAGCGACCCGGUGUUCAUUGUUGACCAUGGUGCGCCGGUGGAGAGUGUGCUGUUUCUGCCCUCUGGAGGAAUUUUUGUGUCAGCCGGAGGUACAGAAGUGCGAGUGUGGGACGCUCUGACCGGUGGCCGACUGUUGGCGAGACUCUGUCAACACCACAAGACCGUGACGUGUCUGUGUCUAGCGUCAGACGGCCGCAGACUACUGUCUGGGUCUCUAGAUAGACAUGUCAAGGUGUACGAUGUGUCAACGUACCGUCCGGUCCACACCAUCGACUACACCAGUCCAGUACUUAGUCUGGCAGUCAGCCAAAGAGAUGCCACAGUUGUAGCCGGUACAGUCGACGGACUGGUGUCGAUACGCAGGAGAGAGGAGGGACCGGCUCCGGCAGCUGCACGGCGCAAGAAAGUGAUGUAUCGUAACGUCGGAGACUUCCUACCUUCAAACAACCUGGCCCAGGACACCAUUCUGUCCGCCAGUAAUAAAAUCAUCGUUCCCCACCAGACUAAGGUGAAAGAGACCAAAUAUGAUGCACAUCUCCGAAAAUUUGAGUACUCCAAGGCACUCGACAGUGUAUUGGUUCCUUACGUUGUCAACAAAACACCCCACGUCACUGUUGCACUAUUCCAGGAACUAUCAAGGCGAAGAGGUUUAGGAAACGCUCUGGCAGGGAGGGACGGCAAAUCUCUCUCGUCUAUUUUACGAUUCAUCAUUAGAUACAUCGGAGACUACCGAUUUACAAGGGUUCUUAUUGUAGUGGCUGACACAUUACUAGACAUUUACGGUGACUAUUUGAGUGAUGUCGGACCCGAGGCUUGCCAGCUGUUUGUAAGGUUGGCCAAGAAGCUGAGAGAAGAAGAAGAACUGACAGACACACUACUGUCGCUGCAGGGUGCCAUGGAAAUGCUGUUGGCUGGCUCCAUGGCUGGAGACGGAAACACAGAAGAAGCAAAACCUACUACUCUCCAGCCAUCGGACACUGCCAGGCAGAAUUUUGUCAUCAGCGUCUCGUGAUGAACUUUGGAAGUUACCAUAAUCUGUCCCAGUUCAACAUCUGGCCUCAAUUCCACUGGGUCCAUGCCUUUACUGUUGAAGCCAACAACACUAUGUGAGCAACUGUAUAUUUUUAUGUAUAGUAAACAAUUUUUUAUUGUUGAA